ACUUUUGAAUCUCCAACUGUUAUAAUCAGUCAGUUGCAUAUCCGUUCAGCUGUCCUGCUAAAAAAAAUGUGUAUUCCAAGUUUUCUCGUAAUAUUGAUCGAUCACUGAAUAAAUAUCCAGGAAUAAUUUAGUAAUGUGGACAACUUCAAAAAAUAAGUAGCUAAAUAUAAACGCCAUUUAUGGGAAAAUUCAAUUACUCGGGUUAAUAACGUACGCUUAGAUACACCACUCUUCCUGGGUUAAUAACGUAAGUACGCUUAGAUACCCCACUCUUCCAUCAAUUUGCAUGGCACACGAUCCCAAAAAAAUAUAAAUAUGGAAUCUACAAAUUUGCGAAUUGAGAACUGGGAGAGUCACGAAGUCGAAGAAAUCUCAUAUUCCGUGUCGAUCAAAGUGCCACCGAAAGAUGACAUUUUACGCCUUCUCCCCAACCACCUCAGUGCCCUCAAGUACCCAUGGCAGUACAGAACUGGGCUCUUAUCCAGCACUAAACAUUCGUUCAAAUUAUGUCUCUACCGUGAAUACCACGAACCCAAACUGGGCGUUUACAUCUUCAUAGAAAACCUUCCAGAAUCUCGUGACAUCAUCGAAAUCCGUGGGAUUGACGUCACCUACGUCUCGAGUGGCGAAAAGAGCACCGUCGUGGAGGACACCAUGUCCAAAUUCGAUCCCCCCAAACCCAUGGAAAUUCCUCCAGACACGGCUUUUUGGCAAUCCACGUGCGGUUGGCCGGAUCACGCUUCCAUUAUUUUUCUCAUUUUGAAUGUCGUCAAACGAAAACCGGCACUCAUCGUAAACGACGACAUUCCAGCGUCUUCCUUUUCUUACAAUGGUUUUGUGGACAUAAAGAAGUAUUUUUUGUCCGAGGAAUGUUCCGACGUAACGAUCCGAUGUGGACCAGACUCAUUUCCGGCGCACCUUCUCAUCCUUUCCAGUCGGAGCGCCUAUUUCGCCGCGAUGUUUUCCUGCAGUAUGAAAGAAGCCAAGGAACGUGUCAUCAAAAUUGACGACAUGACGCCACAGAGUGUCAAAGAACUGCUCCGAUUUAUUUAUUUGGGCGAAAUCGACCCCUCCAGCGUCUCCCUUUAUGCAAAAGACCUUUUCAUAGCGGCCGAAAAGUACGGCAUGACAGACCUGAAACAAUUAUGCGAACGUCAUUUAGUCGAAAAUCUUACGGUAGAGAAUGCCAUCGAAAUGUACGAUUUGUCUCAAAUGCAUGGAAGUCUCGUCUUGUUAAACAAAUCGAAGGAAGUCAUUUUAUGGAACAAAGAAAAGUUCGCCCCGGAUCCAGAAACAUUGAGAGAAUUUACAUGCAAAUAUCCCAAACUUAUCUUUGACCUGCUACAAUUUGAGAAAUGAUAGUUAACUUAUUUUUAAAAAUAAUUAAGUGUUCAUGAGUCAUUAAAAAAAUAGACUUUCUGAUAAAAAUAAAAAAGGCAUAAAUUUCUGAGUCAGAAUGUCUGACUCACCGAGUACAAAUAAAUGGGCAAGUUGAGCGACGAAUCCAAAACUGGAGAGGAGCAAGUUUUUGGAUAUUCUCCAGUCAUAUGGAUUUUUUCACAUCAUUUUUGUGUCAUUCUUUCUUCCAGCAGCUAAAAUUUAAUCAAGUUAAUAAGUAAACAAAGUUGUUUAAUUAGGAUUUUAAGCUGUUUAAAGUCUACUACUAGAUUUAAAAAUACUAAAGUAAACAAUGAUUAAACUGCCCUUGUCCAGGAUUAGGUUUAUUUUUUGACGAAAUAAAUAAAAUUGACUGACAUUA